AAAUAAUUUGAUAUUUUAUUUCAGUUAAUUGUUAUUUCAUUUCAAUUAAUUAAUUUUUUAUGGUUUAAUUUUUAAUGAACAAUAAUAACCCUGACCCACACUCACAAAAACCCAUGCACAUGCUUAGUUUGAUGUCACCUUUCACCCACUUUUGGAUUUGUGCUGAAAUCUGGGCUGAGAAUCAGACGUUACACACCGCUGUUUGUACCGCUUUCUAAUCUGUCUCUCCACCAUGCAUCUUUGUUAAAGUGGAAGGGGCUCACAAGGGUCAAAAUUGUGAAAUUUCCUUGUACUGAUCUUUACUGGAAUGUUCUGAUGCUGUUCAGUGUUAGUGUGUAUGUAAUGACAUGGAAGAUUUGCUGCUUGCAUUCCUUGUUUAGAAAACAAGCUCCACUGACCCAUCGGAGAGAAAGCUGCAGGAAACCUGGGAGGAAGGAACAUCACAACACUUCCUUUAUCUUUCCCUCACUCUUCGUAUGUUUCUUUCUGUUUCAUUCAGUCAGUAUGAGGCUGAAGCAGGAUGUGAGUCCGGUAGUGGUCGUCAUAUUUAGGCUGGUGGUUUGGCUCUACUCUCUCAUCUCUUACCUGCCGUACCUGAUGCUGAGAUCGUCCGACUCGCAGUCGUUCUCCGAGUGCUCGCGGAGGGUGAAGGCCCGUUCCAUCAGCGGACACCCUUCAGGACCCUACCGGGACGUCAGAGCGCUGAGGGCGCUGACCACAUGCAUACAGCCGGGGAUGAACACACUCGAUCGGGUGUUUGAAUCGUCUGUGUGCCGCAAUCCUCACCUCGAUUGCCUGGGCACCAGAGAACUGCUGAGUGAGGAAGACGAAACCCAAGAGGAUGGAAGAGUCUUCAAGAAGGUGAUUUUGGGAGAGUAUCGCUGGAUGUCGUAUGAUCAGGUGUAUAAAGAAGUGAGAGCUUUCGGCAGCGGUUUGGCUGCUUUAGAACAGAAACCUCUGAAAAACAUUGCCAUCUUCUGCGAGACAAGAGCGGAGUGGAUCAUAGCUGCGCAGGCCUGUUUCAUGUACAACUUCCCAUUGGUCCACCUCUUUACUCUUACUCUUGGUGUUGGUCUCUGCUAUUGUUCUUCAUUUCAUGGACUCAAUGAAGCUGAAGUUUCUCACAUCAUUACCAGCAAAGAACUUCUGGAAACCAAACUCAAGAGGUGCCGAUGUAUUUUGACACUCAUUGUUGUGGACGAUAAACUCAAGAGCGGCUCUGAAUACCCACGAGGCAUCAGUGUCCACAGCAUAGCGGCUGUGAAGAGGCUGGGGGCCCAUCCUGAGAAUGUGUCGAGGCAGAGACGGCCUCCGUGUGCAUCUGAUGUGGCUGUGAUCAUGUACACCAGCGGCUCCACCGGCGUGCCAAAAGGAGUCAUGAUCUCUCACAGUAAUAUUAUUGCUGGAAUCACUGGCGUAGCCGAGAGGAUUCCCAACCUUGGUGAGGAUGACACAUACAUUGGCUACCUUCCACUGGCUCACGUGUUGGAGUUGAGCGCUGAGAUGGUGUGUUUGGCUCACGGCUGCAGAAUUGGCUACUCUUCACCACAAACCCUCGCAGACCAGUCCACCAAGAUAAAGAAGGGAAGCAAAGGAGACACUAGCGUCCUGCGGCCCACUUUAAUGGCAGCAGUACCAGAGAUAAUGGAUCGGAUCUACAAGAAUGUGAUGCUAAAAGUGGAGGAAAUGAGUGUUUUUCAGAGGACUCUGUUUCUGUUGGCCUACAACUAUAAGAUGGAGCAGCUUGCGAUGGGAUACAGCACCCCACUGUGUGACAGGCUGGUCUUCCGGAAGGUUCGGGCGUUGUUAGGUGGACGUUUGCGGGUGUUACUGUCAGGCGGCGCACCUCUGUCUGCCGCGACCCAGAGGUUCAUGAACAUCUGCUUCUGCUGUCCUGUAGGUCAAGGCUACGGCCUCACGGAGACCUGUGGUGCUGGGACCAUCAGCCAGCUUUGGGAUUACAGUACAGGACGAGUUGGUGCGCCGUUGGUUUGCUGUGAAGUUCAGCUGAAGGACUGGAUAGAAGGUGGAUAUCGCAGCACAGACCGGCCCUGUCCGCGAGGGGAGAUUCUGGUCGGUGGACCCAACGUAACAAUGGGUUACUACAAGAACAAAGAGAAGAACACUGAGGACUUCUUUGUGGAUAAGAAAGGCCAGCGGUGGUUCUGCACCGGAGACAUCGGAGAGUUUCAUGGAGACGGCUGUCUGAAGAUUAUCGACCGCAAGAAAGACCUGGUGAAGCUUCAAGCGGGAGAAUACGUGUCUCUGGGCAAAGUGGAGGCCGUCUUGAAAAACUGUGCACUUGUCGACAACAUCUGUGCCUAUGCCAACAGGUGCCCAAACAAAUUAUUGUAAUUUGUGGUGCCCAAUCAGAAGCAGCUGCUGGCGCUGGCUAAGAGGAAGUGUGUCAGGGGUUUGUGGGAGGAGCUUUGUAACAAUCCCGUCAUCGAGGAGGAGGUGCUUAAAGUCAUCACAGAAACAGCACUUUCAGCCCAGUUAGAAAGAUUCGAGAUCCCACAGAAGAUCCGCCUGAGCGUUGAGCCCUGGACCCCAGAGACCGGCCUGGUUACAGACGCUUUUAAACUCAAACGGAAGGAGCUCAAAACUCACUACCAGAACGACAUUGAGAGGAUGUAUGGUGCCAAAUAGAGCCUGACAGAGCCAAACCACUACUCAUUCCAGGAAAGAAAAAGUAACUUAUCUCACCAUAGCAACUUCCAAUCAGAAGGAGAUUUCCACUGGACGUUAAUCGUUUGGAAAUGUUUUUGUACACUGUGAUGAUCAACACUCACAACCAGCAAUUCUUAAAGGUGCCAAAAGUGAUGUUAGCCUUGCUAACUUCUGCCAGACUUAGCUGCUAAAUUAGGGAUCCCUCCAUCCCCUCCAAAUACAUGCAUGCUCCCCAAAACCCCGUAAUGUUAGCAAAUCAGAAGUGAAAUAACUGACAAGCAAAAAGGUUCAGUGCUGUAAAUAGAUAGAAUUACAUGCACUCAAAAAAUCUGAUAAUAAUGGCUCAGUCAGACCGAAAAGCCUUCAUGUAAACACCUCCAGCAGAACUUGAUCCAAAUAACCUUUCAGUCAGAUCGAAACCUGAAAAAAUCUGUCCAGUAGGAAAAAAAUAAGAUGCAGAGAAUUGUUUUAUGUCAUACAAACGUGUGUUUAUUUUCAUCUGGCGUUUAAUUAACUGGUCAGUGGAGGAUAAUGUAUAUAUACAAAAUAUUUGCUAAAAAAAGUUUUUAGAUAUGUCAUCAAAGCAAAAACUGCAAUUAUUUUCGCAGUAGCUCAGGAGAAAACGCUGGAUUGGAUUUUAAACCAAUUUACAAAAAUGAAUGCAUGUAAACAUACCUAAUAUGCAAUUUCUCAGGACAUUUUAUGCAUGUUAUUCCCCAAAAAAAAGCUUUGUCAUGGCUUGAAAUACUUCCCAUGAUGCUUUGGAUCUCCAAAAUGUUGCUGGACAAACCAAAUCACAGACGCCAGAUUCACAGUCGGUCAGUCUCGCUCUCUGUCACUCUGAACUGUCCCAGUUCUUGAUCUGCCCUAUACACAAACAAUGCAUCAUGGGAUAUGAUUUUCUAAACUCACGUUCUCAUUGAAACCUUCAGUUUCAAACAAAUACGACAUCAGUUUACAUCAGCAAUUAUCUGUCCAAAUAGGAAUCUUAAAGCCAUUAUUUGCUUUUUCAAAUUUUUCCAUAACCUUCAUUUAAUACUGUCAGGAGACCAAUGAAAAGCAAAUAUCAAACAAAAUCAAAUAUAUUUACUUAUUUCUAUAUAUUAGAUUACUGUUGCAAUAAUUAGCUUUAUUUAAUAUAAGAACGUGCUCAUUGGACAGUAUGAAAUCCCUACAGCAUUUCUACUCUUUGGAUGAUUCUGAUUGACAUUCUAGGACUGGAAUGUUCCUGUUGGGUGGCUUUAUAUCCUGCUGGACAGGAUAAUAGAUCUAGUAUAAUUAUACUAAUACAAACCAUUCAACCAGGGCCUUUAAACAUUUUGAACUGAAUUGACUCAUUUCAGGGAGAUUUUCCACUAUUCGUCUAUAAAGACGCACUGACGUGUGCUUGAAUUGUUUCAGAGAGUUGAACUGUUUCAUUCAGAAAUAACAGACCAGACAAGACUUGAUGCGAAUGGAGUUGUUAAAUUUUGGAGCUUGUUUAAGCUCAACGUUUGGCUGGUUAGCUUAACUAAUCUGACCAUGAUUUUGGUCAAAGUGGGCAAAAUUUAGUUUCUCCACUGAUGCCCAUUCAAAAUCAGCAAAAUUAUUCUGAAAUAAACUGAAUAUAUAAAUUGCAAAAAAGUCACUGUAUUAGAUCUCCUACCUUUUUUGGCAGGCUCUUAACAAGACUCUCUCUCUGCUGCAGGGAGUUAUGAUAUGUAUAAAAACACCGUAAAUAUAUCAAAACUUAAUUUUUGAUUAGUAAUAUGCAUGGUUAAGAAUUCAUUUGCACAACUUCAAAGGCGAUUUUCUCAGUGUUUGGAUUUUUUUGCACCCUCAGAUUCCAGAUUUUCA